AUGGUCAAGAUCAGCCCUUACGUAGCCAAGGCUCUUGCUAGCAUCGUCUUACUGACGUGCCAUGCGACUGAGGCCAAGUCUGUCUACGCCCACUACAUGAAGUCUGACGAUAUAUCCAAGAUCGGAACCGUCACUGAAGGUAGCGGCCAUGCGGAACUCGACAUCGACCAGGCACAAGCUCUCGGCAUCGAGGCCUUCGCCAUGAACGUCGGCCAGCCAGGCCAGUCCUGGGCGCAGUCCACAGUCAAGCAGCUGUUUGACAAGGCCGACCAGACCGGCUUCAAGCUCUUCUUCAGUCUCGACUUUUACCAGACUGGUGAUGUCAAUGCGUACACCGAGCUCGUCAGCAAUUACAUCAACCGUGAGUCCUACCUCAAGGCCGGACCGGAUAAUCUGCCCGUCAUCAGCACCUUCAGCGUCGGCGGUCUCGGCCCUCAGGACUUCCAGACCUGGAUACAGAACAACUACAACGGCAAGGUCUACUUUCUCCCCAACGCCGACACAUCCUCGGGCUAUGACAACCCCGAGACGUGGUUUGGGCAAUGGGGCAACGUUGUCGACGGGGUAUUUGGCUGGGAGUCUGCGUGGCCCGCCCCGGGUCAGACACCUGCCAACGUCAGCGAUGCCGUGGACACGGCCGUUCAAAACGCCGCCCACGCUGCCGGAAAGACAUACAUGGCCCCUCUUUCCUCUCUGCAGUUCAAGAAGUGCUGCGGCGGAAGUUAUUACCGUAUCGGAGAAGCUAACCUCCCUCAGCGCAUGUCACAGCUUUUGGCUCUUAACCCAGACUUUGUCGAGGUCCUAACAUGGAAUGACGCUGGUGAGAGCCACUACAUUGGCAACAACUGGCCCGAGGGCUUGACCGAGGAAAUCUUGGCCUACUCCAACACCGAUGUCUGGCCUCAUUACGACUGGCAACCUCUUAUUGCCUCCUUCAUCUCUGCCUACAAGGCUGGCCGUGAUGCAUCUGGCAUGACCCCUCCCGCGGGCUCCGAGGCUGUCGGUGCGAUGUGGUACAGGCCUAUUCUCAAGGAUGCUUCCUGCCAGAAGCCCGACAACUGGCAGUCUGCCAUCGACGCCGUUAAUUACGGCAUCGUCGUUGGGGCUGACGCUUCGGGCCUCACUAUCCGCGUGACCAGCGGCGGCGAGGUUAUCCGCGAGACAACAGCGCAGCCUGGCCUGAACUACGGUUCUGCCACUGGCGUCAAGCCUGGAAAACAGAGCGUGGAGCUUGUCAAGGACGGCAACAGCAUCUUGACUGCCGUCAGUUCGGUCGAUGUCGUGGAGACCAACCAGGACUGUUUCUUCAACUUCCACAUUGUUGGCCUGAAAUGA